AUUUCUCAAAAUAGAGAAUCAACAUGGCGGACGUAACCAAUGGACGAACGAGACGUGGAAAAAAUUCAUAAUUGAAAAAGUUAAGAAGGUUUAUAAAACAAAACACUGGUCAUUACUACGAAGGAUUUCUUGGAAUUAAGACAAAACCGAAGACCUGUCGUCUUGAAGAGUUUUUGAAUUACAUUUUGGAAUUUUAAACUUGACUGUUUUCAUAGUGAUUGUCCCAGAAACGAAAGUCAAAUAAGGUUAUGGCAAUACAGGCUACCACCAUCACCACAGCAACCCAUACUAUCACCAUAACAACAGUUGGUUUGGUGGAGGAAAUAGCUGGUUUGGUGGAAACGAUGGCAACCAUGACAACAGUGGUUGGUUUGGCAAUAGCCAUGGUAACACUGGUUGGUUUGGCAGUAACCGUGGUAAUGGUGGUUGGUUUGGUAGUGGAAGUGGUUCUUCAUCUAGUUGGUCAAGUACCUACAGAAGGUCUGGCAGUUCAAGUUCUGGAUCAAGUUCUGGAUCAAGAACAGCUUCAGGUUUUGGUGGCACCAAAAGAAGAUAGGCACACAAUAUAUUCAUUUAGAAGCACAAUAUUCCUGCCUUCUUGUCCCAAAGUAAAGAGAAGACAUUUUCAAACCACAAUA